AUGGUUUGUAUUAUAGAAAAGCUCCAAAUUCCGGUAUUCGAAAAAGAGAAUUCGGUUUCCGUCCGACUAAUCAAGAAAAUAGACGCGCUGAAGCAAGCCGUUGUCAAUAAGUAUCUGCGAGAGUUCGCUGUUGUUCUCUACCAAAAGCCUGAUGAAGAAGAUGUGAAGGAAGUAUUCUCAUUUCGACUGAUGUAUGGAGAAGAAGACCAGAUCAGCAUCUCGGUUGAUACUCAAAAUCUUGCCAGCGCUACGUUUUCCGAUCUGGGAACUACGAAACAAUAUUUUGUUGAUGCAAUUAGAAAGCUUCAUCGUUGUAUCAAGCACUUGGAAACUCUUCCCGCUGAUACCGAUGCAAGUUUCCGAAUUUCUUUUACGGAACAUGCUCCGAAGGACUACAUGCCAGAAGGAUUCGAUGAGUCGGACAAGUUCUACGAGAUCGCACCGGAAAUGACCAGAGAUCAGUUUGGAAUUCUCUGUGGCAACCACCACAAACUGCAACUUCUUGCUGCUUCACAAUUCUGGAAACCCGGCGACUUUGGCAAUACAACUUUCAAUUCUCUGAACCAAUCGAUCGUUGAUGCACCCACUUUGAAGACCAAACAAACCAAAGGAGUGGAAAAGAAAUCUGAAAGAGUCGGAAGACGUUUUCCUUACGGACAAUCCGCAACAAUGAACAAAGGCAACCGAAAAACGCCAGAACCUGAUUAA